GUCUCUUUUUGUGUUAAAAAACGCGAAGUUAUAAGGCUGUUAGGACACAAUGGAACUGGUAAAAGUACAACUAUUAAGAUGAUAACUGGAGACACAAAACCAACUGCAGGACAGGUGAUUUUGAAAGGGAGAGGUGAAGGGGAAUCCCUGGGCUUCCUGGGGUAGUGCCCUCAGGAGAAUGCGCUGUGGCCCAACCUGACAGUGAGGCAGCACCUGGAGGUGUACGCUGCCGGGAAAGGGCUGAGGAAAGGAGACGCGAUGAUCGCCAUCACACGGUUAGUGGAUGCGCUCAAGCUGCAGGACCAGCUGAAGGUUCCCGUGAAGACCUUGUCGGAGGGAAUAAAGCCAAAGCUGUGCUUCAUGCUGAGCAUCCUGGGGAACCCAUCAGUGGUGCUUCUGGGUGAGCUGUCAACCAGGAUGGACCCUGAGGGGCAGCAGCAAAUGUGGCAGGUGGUUUGGGCCACCUUUAGAAACACGGAGAGGGGCGCCCUCCUGACCACCCACUACAUGGCAGAGGCUGAGGCAGUGUGUGACCGAGUGGCCAUCAUGGUGUCAGGAAGGCUGAGACAUAUUGGUUCCAUCCAACACCUGAAAAGCAAAUUUGGCAAAGACUACCUGCUGGAGAUGAAGGUGAAGAACCUGGCACAAGUGGAGCCCCUCCAUGCAGAGAUCCUGAGGCUUUUCCCCCAGGCUGCUCGGCAGGAAAGGUUCUCCUCCCUGAUGGUCUAUAAGUUGCCUGUUGAGGAUGUGCGACUUUUAUCACAGGCUUUCUUCAAAUUAGAGAUAGUUAAACAGAGCUUCGACCUGGAGGAGUACAGCCUCUCACAGUCUGCCCUGGAGCAGGUUUUCCUGGAGCUCUCCAAGGAGCAGGAGCUGAGUGAUCUUGAAGAGGACUUUGAUCCCUCGGUGAAGUGGAAGCUCCUCCUGCAGGAAGAGCCUUAAAGCUCCAAAUACCUAUGUCUUUCUUUAAUCUUGUGACUCUUUUAAAGAUAAUAUUUUAUAGCCUUAAUAUGCCUUAUAUCAGAGGUGGUACAAAAUGCAUUUGAAACUUAGCAAUAAUUAUCCUCAAUAGUAUUUCUUGCAGUGAGACAACAGGGGAUGUCAGUGAGGGCGAUGGUAGGGCAUAAGGCUAGGCCAUACCAUGCAGCCUUUGUGCCAGCAACCAAAUCCCAUGUUUCCUACUGUGUUAAGUUUAAAAAUGCAUUUAUUAUAGAAUUGUCUACAUUUCUGAGGAUGUCAUGGAGAAUGCUUAAUUUUCUUUCUCUGAACUUCAAAAUAUUAAAUAUUUUCUUAUUUUUUUUGGUUAAAGUAUAAAUUAAGACAUCCUGUUGACUUCCGGGUAAGGGGAGUCAAUUGGUUACCCAGCAGCACAGUGUUUGCUUUUUAUAAUUCCCUUUUUAAACACUUGUUCUUAAUUCACUGGUUUUCCUUUUCUGUCAUUUUUCAGAGUUUAGAUUGUGAGUCCAUGUUUUGUCUGUUGUGCCUAUAAAGGAAAUUUGAAAUCUGUAUCAUUCUACUAUAAAGACACAUGCACACGUAUGUUUAUUGCAGCACUGUUUACAAUAGCAAAGACUUGGAACCAACCCAAAUACCCAUCAAUGAUAGACUGGAUAAAGAAAAUGUGGCACAUAUACACCAUGGAAUACUAUGCAGCCAUAGAAAAGGAUGAGUUCAUGUCUUUCGCAGGGACACGGAUGAAGCUGGAAACCAUCAUCCUCAGCAAACUAACACAGGAACAGAAAACCAAACACCACAUGUUCUCACUCAUAAGUGGGAGUUGAACAAUGAGAACACAUGGACACAGGGAGGGGAACACCACACACUGGGGCCUGUUGGGGGAGGUUGGGACUAGGGGAGGGAUAGCAGUAGGAGAAAUACCUAAUGUAGAUGAUGGGUUGAUGGGUGCAGCAAAGCACCAUGGCACAUGCCCUAUACCUGUGUAACAAACCUGCACAUUCAGCACAUGUAUCCCAGAACUUAAAGUAUAAUAAAAAUAAAUAAAUAAAUAAUUUCAGUAAGAACCUGAAUGUUCAAGUUGAACAUAUAUAUAUAUAUAAAUAUAUAUAUAUAAAUGUUAUAUACAAGUUUGAAACAUAUUUCUGUUUUUAUAUGUUUUCUUAUGAUGCAAGGGUAUACUCUUAUGCAAAGAAUUAAAACUUCAUAGGUCUUAAUUUCCCAUAACUCUAUAUAUUAUGACCUACCCAACUGGUAACCCUAUGAACACCUUAAA